AUGGGAAGACAGAGGAGCUUGGGGCAGGAUGGGAAAUUGAAGGUAGACAGUGAGGAAAAGUUGCAAGAAGUAGAAGUCACAGACUCCAUGGGCCGGGCACGCAGGCCUCCACCCGCGCUGCACAGGCACUGUGAGGGAUGCAUCAACCGCCACUGCCACGUUCCGGUGGAGCCCAGCGUCUCCUGCCUGAUGAUAAGCUGCCACCUGCUCUGUGGUGCUACCUUCCACAUGUGCAAAGAGUCAGAGCAUACGCUCCUCUGCCCUCUGGAGCAGGUUCCCUGUCUCAACUCCGAGUAUGGCUGCCCGCUCUCCAUGGCACGCCACAAACUGGCCAAGCACCUGCAGGUGUGUCCCGCCAGUGUGGUCUGCUGCUCCAUGGAAUGGAACCGCUGGCCAAAUGUGGACUCAGAAACAGUCCUUCACGAGAAUAUCAUGAAAGAGACCCCCAGUGAGGAGUGUUUGGACACAGCCCUGGCCCUCCAGGACCAGAAGGUUCUCUUCAGAUCCUUGAAAAUGGUAGAGCUUUUCCCAGAAACCAGAGACGCCACCGAGGAGGAGCUAGCCAUGAAUGGUGAUACCAGUUGGGAGGAGAUUAGGGGCGCAGUCGGGGGAGUGGAUGCGGGGCUAGUACCAAACUCUUGUUUGCCGGCAACCAACGGGCAAAUGAUGGAGCUCAGUCAGGAGGAACGAGAUGCAUUGGCAAAAACCAAAGAAGGGAUGGACCUGGACAAGUUUGGCAAAUGGGAAAGUAUGUUCAGCAAGGAGCACGCGGCCUCUGUCUUAACAGGCUCUUUGGGGACGAGUAAAGACAAGAAUGGGAAUGCGGCUGGGAAAGAGCAGUGCUCUGGUGAUGGUAUCACAGGGGAUGCAGAGGGUUCUGCCCAAACCAGAGGACCCCAGGAAAGUCAGAAGUCCCAGGAACUUCCCGCUACCAUGGAGAUGACAGGGCUUGCUCCCUGGCAAGAUGGUGUUCUGGAAAGACUAAAAACAGCUGUGGAUGCCAAAGACUAUAACAUGUAUCUGGUGCACAAUGGCCGCAUGCUCAUCCACUUUGGGCAGAUGCCUGCUUGUACGCCCAAGGAGAGAGACUUUGUUUACGGAAAUCUGGAGGCUCAAGAAGUGAAGACGGUUUAUACCUUCAAAAUUCCUGUGAGCUACUGCGGGAAGCGAGCUCGCUUGGGAGAUGCCAUGUUGAGGUGCAGACCAAGUGAACACAAGGCCGUGGACACUUCUGACUUGGGUGUCUCCGUGGAGGACCUGCCCAAAUCGGAUCUGAUCAAGACCACUCUCCAGUGUGCUUUGGAAAGAGAACUCAAAGGCCAUGUCAUCUCUGAGUCUAGGAGCAUCGAUGGACUCUUUAUGGACCUUGCCACCCAAACAUACAACUUUGAGCCAGAACAGUUUUCCUCAGAGACAGUGUUGGCUGACCUGCUAGGCACUGCCCAACCCGGGGGCCUGCAUGUGGAGCUCCACAGUGAGUGUGUGACCAGAAGACACAACAAAAGCAGCUCAGCUUUUACUUUUACCUGCAACAAAUUCUUCCGAAGGGAUGAAUUUCCCCUGCACUUCAAGAAUGUCCACACGGACAUUCAGUCCUGUCUCAAUGGCUGGUUCCAGCAUCGAUGCCCCCUUGCCUACUUGGGAUGUACAUUCGUUCAGAACCACUUCCGCCCCCCUGGACAAAAAGCAAAAGUGAUCUAUAGUCAGGAGCUGAAGACCUUUGCCAUCAAGCCAGAGGUUGCUCCGGAGCUGAGUGAGAAAUGGAAGAGUGGUCAUCUCUCAGGCCAUGCUGGGAAAAGCCUGAAUUCUCUAACCAGCCUGCCCCUGGAAGUUUUACAAUACAUUGCUGGGUUUCUGGACAGCAUCAGCCUGUCCCAGCUGUCUCAGGUAUCAGUGCUUAUGAGGAGCAUCUGUGCCACUUUGUUGCAAGAGAGAGGGAUGGUUCUCUUACAAUGGAAGAAGAAGAGGUAUUCUCAUGGAGGCACCUCCUGGAAAGUCCACAGUCAGAUCUGGCAGUUCAGCAGUCUCUUCUCAAAAAUCAAGAGCUGGGAGUUUAAUGAAGUCACCUCCAUGUCUGAACACCUGAAAACCUGCCCUUUCAACGUCGUGGAGCGUAAGACUGACCCGAUUCGUUUGACCAGCAUGUGCCAGCCCCAAGAGCAGGCCCAGGAGAGCUUAGUGUCCACCUUUCGGGCCCGACCACGGGGCAGACACUCUUAAACAUUUGCACACUGUCGCUCCUGGUUUCUCAGAGUUAUUCAAAGUAGGACAGUGUGGUUUGAGGGCACCACUCUGAAACCUGCACAUCUAGAGGAUGUGUGGAGUCCUUCAGGCCUUAGCAACUAUACUAGGACACUAGGGGUUUUUUGUUUUUUGUUUUUUUGUUUUUUGUUUUUUGUUUUUGUUUUUGUUUUUUGAGCUAUGGCUUGUAUGAAUGCACCACAUUUUUUGUCUUAACUUUUUUCUUUCCUCUCCUAAAAUAGUUAAGUCUGGGGAGAAAAUGAAUAGCUUAAGGCCGUUUGAUAAGCAAACCCAAGUUCUUAGUUGACUGAAGAACAAGGAAACUCUGUAAGGAGUAUAGACUGGCACUUAUACAUUGGGCUGUCCAGUUUACAAACCACCUUCAAGUUCUUGGGGCAGGCGAUACAGGGACAGCGUCUGAGGUGCAGUGACUUCAGAUGAAGGCAAUCCUACUGGAAGGUUCUGAAGCUUGACUGGUCUUGACAAUUCAGGGCAUUUUAGUCACCCUACUGCAUCAAAGCCCAGAUGGUUUCAAGGCAACCCAAGAGAAUGGACCACACUGGGUAAGCACAGCAGUUUCAAGGACACCAUAAACCAAAGCAAAACAGUUUGCUGUAUAUAGUCUUGGCAACAUCAAGAAAAGAAUAAAAACUCCUUAAAAUGAAGGAAAGUUCUCUGGAAGCAAAGUAGCUUCUGGUUGAGAGCCACUGUCCUUAAGGAUGCUACAUCAGCAACGUUAAGUUAGGAUGUGCUCACCUUUCACUGUGACAA